GCAAGCGCAAACGAGUGUAUGUAUGUGUCGAGCUUGACGCUUGACGCGCAGCUCAGCUCAGCUGUUUUAGACUGGUGUUUGCCAGGAAUUGUCUCGUAUCUACCCUCUGCCUUUCAACAUCUCACCACCCGCAAACAUCCUUACCUUGAUGCCCUUUUAGUCCAGUCACUGCGACCACUGGGAACCUUUCUGUCUCCCGAUCAUCUCCAUCAUCGUUGUCCUUCCAUUACAUCGCCGACCGCCUGUCUACAUCUUGCUUGGGGACAACAUGGCAGCAAAGACACAGCGAUAUUCCAGCGAUGCGGGGUCCGACGCGCCGGCAUCGCUGCAUGAUUCUGCUCGUGGCUCACCAGAGCCCCAUACCACUACUCUUGACAGCUUCCAUAGCCUCGUGCAGGAUAUCAACGCAGUCUUGGGUCCAUGCAACGGUAUCGAUAGCGCAGAUGUCGAUGUCGAGGAACUCAAGAGUCUUAUGGCGGGCUAUGACUCCGUGGAAGCGGAAUGGACCAGAUACGCCUUCGGGGACAGCAGUCGGGCGUACACUCGAAAUCUGGUCGACGAUUGCAACGGGAAGAGCAACUUGUUGAUUCUGGUGUGGUCCGCCGGAUCGCACUCCCCCAUCCACGACCAUGCCAAUGCCCACUGUGUCAUGAAGAUAUUGCAGGGCCGCCUCACCGAGACUAUCUAUGGAUGGCCCUGCGAGGGCCAUACCUGCUCGAGCGUCAAGAUGGGUCCUCAAGAACUGAGAGUCAGGAAAGAAACGACGUAUGCAACGAAUCAAGUGACAUACAUGUCGGAUCGACUUGGACUGCAUCGUGUUGCGAACCCUGACAAGGAGAACAUUGCGGUCAGCUUACACUUGUACACGCCACCAAAUGCAGCAAAGCAUGGUUGUCACAUCUUCGAUCCCAAGACUGGCAAGAAGCGCCAAGUAUCGCAAUGUCACUUCUUUUCUGAGUUCGGAAAGCUUUGUCAGUGA